UAGGCAGCUUCGCACGUCCUCGGCGUAGGGGCUCCUGCGAGGUCCUAGUCCCUCCCUGGGAGCUAAGAGCGGAACAGAGGCUGUACCCGACUGCUGCUUGGAGGGAACCCUGGCUGAGUCCAGGGAGGAGGAGCCAGAGGCGGGGCGAUUGGAAGCAGCCACCUCAGCGAAGCUGCAGGAUUUCCGCAGGGCGGGAGCUGGUUAUCUCCCGGAAGAAAACGGCUCCUGUCACAGAAGUCUCGUGAUUGCUCUGGGAGCUUUGCUUAACCAUUUGGAACUACAGAAGAAAGAAGGAUCUAGCGAAAUAUGGCUGCAGAGAGCCCUGCUAUGCGUCGGGUCCAGGUGGCAGAACAUCCCAGGUUACUGAAGCUAAAGGAGAUGUUUAACUCCAAGUUUGGAUCUAUUCCCAAGUUUUAUGUUCGAGCACCAGGAAGAGUCAACAUAAUAGGAGAGCAUAUAGAUUACUGUGGAUAUUCUGUUCUUCCUAUGGCUAUAGAACAAGAUGUGCUAAUAGCUGUAGAACCUGUGAAAACAUAUACUCUCCAACUGGCCAAUACAAAUCCCUUGUAUCCGGACUUCAGUACUAGUGCUAAUAACAUUCAGAUUGAUAAAACCAAGCCUUUGUGGCACAACUAUUUCUUAUGUGGACUUAAAGGAAUUCAGGAACACUUUGGUCUUAGUAACCUGACUGGAAUGAACUGCCUGGUAGAUGGAAAUAUCCCACCAAGUUCUGGCCUCUCCAGCUCCAGUGCUUUGGUCUGUUGUGCUGGCUUGGUGACGCUCACAGUGCUAGGAAGGAAUCUAUCCAAGGUGGAACUUGCAGAAAUCUGUGCCAAGAGUGAGCGUUACAUUGGUACUGAAGGAGGAGGCAUGGACCAGUCUAUAUCAUUUCUUGCAGAAGAAGGAACUGCCAAGUUGAUAGAAUUUAGUCCCCUGAGGGCAACUGAUGUAAAACUCCCAAGUGGAGCAGUGUUUGUGAUUGCCAACAGUUGUGUGGAGAUGAAUAAGGCAGCAACUUCUCAGUUCAAUAUCAGGGUGAUGGAGUGUCGGCUGGCUGCGAAGCUCCUGGCUAAAUACAAAAACUUGCAAUGGGACAAUGUACUGCGGCUGGACGAGGUGCAGGCUAAACUAGGGAUUAGUCUAGAAGAAAUGUUGUUGGUCACAGAAGAUGCCCUUCAUCCUGAACCCUAUAACCCUGAGGAGAUCUGUAGGUGUCUGGGAAUUAGCCUGGAGGAACUCCGAACCCAAAUCCUGAGUCCAAACACUCAAGAUGUGCUUAUCUUCAAACUCUAUCAGCGGGCAAAGCAUGUGUACAGCGAGGCUGCGCGAGUGCUCCAGUUUAAGAAGAUAUGUGAAGAAGCACCUGAAAACAUGGUCCAGCUGCUGGGAGAGUUGAUGAACCAGAGCCACAUGAGCUGCCGGGACAUGUAUGAGUGCAGCUGCCCUGAGCUGGACCAGCUGGUGGACAUCUGUCGGAAGUUGGGGGCUCAAGGGUCACGACUUACUGGAGCAGGAUGGGGAGGCUGCGCAGUAUCAAUAGUACCUGCGGACAAGCUGCCCGGCUUCCUAGCCAAUGUGCACAAAGCUUAUUACCAGAGGAGUGAUGGAAGCUUAGCACCAGAGAAGCAGAGUUUGUUUGCUACCAAACCUGGAGGCGGGGCUUUGGUUUUCCUUGAGGCCUGAAAAAAUGUAAAAAAUCUCAGAGAAACUAUUUAGGACACUUAGGAAUUGGCAGGACUUUCUAUGCCACAGUAAAUUAAUCUUCUUUCUGUUUUGUAUUAUGAUGAAUGGUUGCUAUUAUAUCAAGAUAUAUUUUCAAAGAAAUGAUUGAAAGCUCUCUGUGCUUCAUAAUGAUUAUUUUUCCAUCUUAAAAUAUGGUUUUACUAUUAAGAGUCAAGAUCAUGCUUGGACAGAUCUUUUAAGAAUAAUUUACUGAGAUUUAUUCAUUUGAAGAUUUUAAAGAUGAAUGGUAAAACACACUCUUAAUACUGAUUACAUGAAUUGGACUUGAAUUAAAUAUAUUGUUAAAAUUAAACUGAUACCAUUGAAUUGUA